GGGAGGGGCCACGCGGGGGGGGCGGGGCCGGAGAGAGGGAUGGACGCAGACGAGCAGAUCCGAAAGUAGUCGGGGCCAGCCGAGCCGAGCCGAACCGAAUCGAAUCGAAUCGAACGCAAUCGGGCCGAGCCGAGCCUAAUCGAACGAAGUGGGGGCCAGCCGAGCCGAGACGAGCCGAACGAAGUGGGGGCCAGCCGAACCGAGCCGAACGCAGCCGGGAUCAGCCGAACCGAGCCGAACGCAGCCGGGACUAGCCGAGCCGAGCCGAUUCGAACCGAACAGCGCCGAACCGAGAGCCCCGGGGCCGCCCGCGCCGCGUCAUGGCGGGGCAGAAACUGAUCGUGGUGUUCGGGGCAACCGGGGCGCAGGGGGGCUCCGUGGCCCGGGCUCUGCUAGAAGACGGGACCUUCAAGGUUCGCGCGGUGACGCGGAGCCCCGCGAAGAAGGAAGCCAAGGAGCUGAAGCGGAGGGGAGCUGAGGUGGUGAAGGCGGAUCAGGACGAUGGGCCAUCACUGGAGCUGGCCUUGGCGGGUGCUUACGGAGCCUUUGUUGUAACCAACUUCUGGGAGCACUGCAGCAAAGAGAAGGAAAUCGCGCAGGGCAAGCGGCUUGCUGACCUGUCGAAGCGCCUUGGCCUGCACCACGUCGUGUACAGCGGCCUGGAGAACGUGGAGCAGCUGACAGGGGGUCGGCUGGAGGUGCUCCACUUCGAUGGCAAAGGUGUGGUGGAGGAGUACUUCCAGGAAGUUGGUGUUCCCACCACAACCAUCCGACUGCCGUUCUACUUCGAGAACUUCCUCUCCAUCUUCAAGCCACAGAAGGUCCCGCAGGGAGAUACCUUUGUCCUGGAGCUGCCCAUGGGGGACGCCCCCAUGGAUGGGAUGGCGGUGGAGGACGUCGGGCCUGUUGUGUGUUGCCUGUUGAAGUCCCCAGAGGAGUACGUAGGCAAAGUGAUCGGGCUCAGCGCCGGCAAGCUCACCGAGGCAGAGUACGCCACUGUCCUCUCCCAGCAGACGGGCAAGACGGUGAAAGCCAGCAAGAUCUCUCCUGAGGAGUAUGAGAAACAUGGCUUCCCCGGGGCCAAGGAACUGGCUGCUAUGUUCCAUUUCUAUGCCCUGAAGCCAGACCGCAACGUGGACCUGACCAUGAAACUCAACCCCAAGGCCCGCACCUUCCACCAGUGGGUGGCAGACAACAAGGCCACCUUCUGACCCUCCCCUCCCACCCGAGCUUCCGCAGCAGCAGUGGGGAGCUGCGCCCUGGUGAAAGGCCGACCCCCGGGGAGCUGGGAGGAGCUUUGGUCCAUGUGCCCACUCCAGGGCUCUCCUGCACCUUGGUUCAGAUUGUUUAGAGGAAAUGUUGGUUCCAGGGAGGUGGGUGUUUAGUGGUUUUGGGGUGUUUUCACAGCUGUAGGACAGUAGUGGCUUGUUUUCCCAGGAUCACCCUGUUUCCCCAGCAGCUCUGAGCAUAGAGCACGAGGGGCUGUGCUGAAUGCCCAGUGCCUCAUGGCCCCCAAGGGCGCUGCCUUCGCUGCAGGUACCCACAGCAGGCCCACGCUCCUAAGCAAGCAGAAAACACAGGGGUUCCUCCAGGGACCAGGUUCAGGUGAGGCAGCAGGCAGAGCGGCAGGCCUGGAGAGACAGAGCACGACGAGUGUAACACAGAAACAGCCUCAUUCCUCAGGUCAGACAGCUCUCACCCGGGGCCUGGCCUGUGAAUCGAGUAAGACCUUUACAAGAUUGCCCAACCCUCAGAUUUAAGACUCACUUGACCUCCUUUGAGUACUGCUCAGAUAAGAGCCCUGGGACGUGGCAGUCUUCACCUGUGCUUAAAAGCAACCACAGCCCCCAGCCACACUCAAGCCUUCUAGCCCUCUCUGCCCCUUGGCUGAGAGAAGACCUUCCUUCCUGUUUUGGGGGGAGGGAAAGGGGGUGACAGGUAAGGCUGGAAGAGUAGACGAGGCAGCAAGGCACAGCACGUGUUAAAUAUCUUUAUGAAGUCAAUCUUAUUUACAUUGAUACAGAAUCACUUUACAGACAGUUUAAUCAGGAGGCAACGCGUGCUUUAUUUCAGCAAAUUAAGGGCAAGACUAUGACACGUCCUUGUUUAAACUGGUCAAUUAGUAUGUGGGCUGAUGGUACCUGCACGGUAUAACUAACAACAGCGGGCUACAGUAACCAUGAAAAUACUCACUGCAAGAGCUCAACUCCACCUGGAAGGAGUGAUCCACUUCACUUGUAUUCUCACACAUGUAGGAACAAUGACUCUUUGACCAAUCACUUAUGCUACGGGUGUUGCACUAAUGUAAUAAAAGACUUUGGGACAAACUGGCAAA